CAGAGGAGAAGAUAUGGGGCUCAAGAUGUCCUGCCUGAAAGGCUUCAAGAUGUGUGUUAACACCAGCAGCAGCCAUGACGAGGCCCCCGUCCUAAAUGACAAGAACCUGGACGUGCCCAACAUCAUCAUCACGCCCCCCACGCCCACAGGCAGCAUGGUGCUGGCCCGGGACUCGAGGUGGACGGUCUGGCUGGAUGAGUUGGGGACUGGCCCGGAUGAUGGCGAGAUGGACCCUGAGGCCUGAGGACCUAGCCGGUGGUUCCCUUUGCCCUGGGCAGCUGGAUGGGGACAGCGAUCGGGCCCUGGACGAGACAGAGGUAGCAAGAUGCGUGUGGCGAGCUGCAGGCCCCAGCGCGGUGCUGAGUGGGCCGGAUACCCGCCACCUCCGUGCUCUCAGUGAGCUGACACGGCGAAGGGGAGGGGACCUAACUGCAUCCACGACGGCCACAGGGCUGGGCCCACCCCCGGCCCCGCACACGGCCGCGGCCGCCGAACUCUCCAGAGGACUGGCUCCGUUUUUUAUACAUUGUUUUACAGAUACUGCAACAGUCCCAAUGUGAUUUAUAAUCGCCUUUUUGCAUUUUAAGUAAAGGUCCUCCUUACAGAU